UGUAUUACUAGACGACAGAUGACGUUUCGUCAGACGUCAUUUCCGUUUUUCUCAUUAUUUAACUUUAUAUUUCCGAGGUUCAAAUUAAAUCAAAAUUCAGUUUUAGAAUGUGUCUGAGUUAAAAGCGAUUCACCUCACCUAUUAUCACACUAGGUAGGGAUAAAAAGCGACGAAUCAAAAGGUUUCGGUGUGUUUGCGUGCGGGAGGUAGAAGAGGUUAUUGUAAACCAACUAAAAAAUUUCUUUAGAUUUGUGUUCUCAGAAUUCAAACUUGUGGACGUGGUUCUUUGAAAAUUAGAAUUGCUAUAAUAUUAAAAAGCACACACAAAGGGGGCUUAAGACAUAAUUAAAUUAAUUUACAGACGACAAUGGUUGUUAAAAAAAUUUGUUGUGUGGGGGCUGGUUACGUCGGUGGCCCAACGUGUAGUGUCAUAGCUUUGAAAUGUCCAGAAAUUCAUGUAACAGUGGUAGAUUUAUCAAAAUCACGAAUUGAUCAAUGGAAUUCGGACAAACUUCCUAUUUACGAGCCGGGUUUGGACGAAAUUGUUAAACAAUGCAGAGGGAGGAAUCUAUUUUUCUCCACCGACAUUGAAACUGCAAUUUUAGAAGCUGACUUAAUAUUUAUUUCAGUGAAUACGCCGACAAAGACCAUUGGAAAUGGGAAGGGCAGGGCCCCUGACUUGAAAUACGUCGAAGGCGCCGCUCGAAUGAUUGCCGAAAUCGCACAAAGCGAUAAAAUCGUCGUCGAAAAAAGCACAGUUCCGGUCCGAGCCGCUGAAAGCAUUCUAAAAAUUUUAAGUGCCAACCAAAAACCGGGAGUUUCUUAUCAGAUUCUCUCAAAUCCGGAAUUUUUAGCCGAAGGCACAGCUAUUAACGAUUUGAUUAAUGCCGACCGUGUUCUAAUCGGUGGUGAAGAAAGUCCUAAAGGAAAAGCAGCAAUUGAAGAAUUGUGCGGUAUUUACGAACAUUGGAUUCCACGAGAAAAAAUUUUCACAACAAAUACUUGGUCAUCGGAAUUAUCCAAACUUGCUGCGAAUGCAAUGUUGGCUCAACGAAUCUCAAGUAUUAAUUCAUUGUCGGCUGUUUGUGAAGCAACCGGUGCUGAUGUUUCCGAAGUUGCGACUGCUGUUGGAUUAGAUUCGAGGAUUGGAUCGAAAUUUUUGCAAGCUUCAAUAGGUUUUGGCGGGAGCUGUUUCCAAAAAGACAUCCUCAAUUUGGUCUACAUUUGCGAAUGUUUGAAUUUACCGGAAGUCGCAGCCUACUGGCAACAAGUCGUCGAUAUGAACGAAUACCAAAAAUCACGUUUCACAGCCAAAGUCAUUCAAUCACUGUUUAAUACAGUGAGUGGUAAAACAGUCACGAUUUUGGGUUUCGCAUUUAAGAAAAAUACUGGAGAUACGAGGGAAACCCCAGCUAUACAUGUGGCUAAAACAUUACUCGACGAAGGCGCUACGUUGAAAAUCUACGACCCUAAAGUCGAAGAAGACCAGAUUUACUACGAUUUGACUCAUCCGGCAGUUUGUGAGUCUCCGGAAACGGUCAAAAAGGCCAUUUCUGUAUACCACGAUGCUUACUCAGCGUGUGAAAAUUCGCAUGCUAUUGUUUUGUGCACAGAGUGGGAUGAAUUCAAGACGCUUGAUUAUCACAAGAUUUACCACGUUAUGAUGAAACCAGCUUAUGUGUUCGAUGGACGAAAAAUUCUAGACCAUCAAACUUUGAUCGAUAUUGGAUUUCACGUACAAACUAUAGGAAAGACUUUGCAAAGGCCACUUUUGACUAGAUUUUGUGGGGGGAAUACCUGCAUGCAUUAGGGGUUUUCCCCGGUUACAUUACUCAGUCUUGCCAAUAGUUGCACAAAAAAUUACAAGACUGAUUGACGGCCGUUUCAUUCAUUUUUUUUAUCAAUUCGAACAACUUUGGUGUUUGGGAACAAAGUACAGUAUUUUAAUUUCGUUAUUUUUCAGUAUUAGGUACCACGAUUUUGAUCAAUUUUUUAUCUACUUUAUUAUAUUUUAAUAAUUUUAUUAGUUUUGGGAACUUAUUUUAUUCUUUUACUAAAUGUUUUGUUGUAUGACAUCACAUAAGCAUAGUAACUGCCACAAUUGUCAGUACGAUGAGCUGAUUAAAGUGCUUAAUACAGUUAUUAAAUUUGAGAAUUUUAAAUAAUUAUAAGGCAAAGUGACAUUAAAUGUUCCUCUUGACUGUUUUAUCAUAGAGUAGUAGAAAAAGUACAUUAACCACCUGAGCCAGUCGCAUGUGAUUGGUUUUCAGGAAAGUACAUAUUCUUUAAAUUUUAAAUAUUUAAUAUAGGCAAUGAUUAUUCCAAAUAAUGUGUAAAGUGCAAUUGCUACAAUAAAUGUUUACGUACUUA